CUGAGAAAUAACGGUACUGCUCUGGAAAUCUUUCCAAAAUUUUCGCAAUAUUCAGCCUCCCUGUCGAGAUGAUGUGCGACACAACGAACCGAAGUUUUCGGGCGCAGUUAGCCGCCGUCCUGGACAAGCUCACGAAGACGGCUUUGGUUGAAAUAGGCAACCUCGCCGAUGAAUGCUCCUCCGUCCUUCACACCGAGAUUUCCCUGCACAAAACGGAAAAUGAAGCGCUGAAGAAGAGGUGUUAUCUGCUGGAGGUCCAGCUGAGAGCAGCGAGGGAGGCACAGACCUAUCCUGCACAUGUCAACAGUGUCGGCCGCCGACACUCUGCAGAACAGCAGCAGUCUGCUCCAGCCAUUGAUGGAGUUUUUGGGAAGGACUGGUGCAUGGAUUUGUGGAGAGAAGAGAAACUUCCCCCUCAAGGAAAAGACACAGUGGAACCGGCUGCUAUGACAAGCAUGGGGGUACAGGCAAUAGACUUAAUGGAUAGAGAACCUGAUCUCAUCUUUGUCAAGGAGGAGAUAUAUGAUGAGCAUCCCAUUGGCCAGCAGAUGAGGCUCACAGAUAACAGAAAAAUUGUUGGGAUUUUUGACGAGGACAGCAUGCUUCAUAGAUCUGUUGAUGAGCUGCAGCUUCACUCAGGCGAAUUAAACAACUUCCCCAUGACGGCUGACAGUCAAGCACAGCAACGCACACAGCCAACAAUAAUGGACAAGUUGAUAGAUGAUGCAACUAUGAGCACUCUGGUGGACAACACAAAUCCUCCUCCGGUGACUGCUGAGUACUCUAACUAUACGAACAAUGUCCACAUGAAUGCAACCAAAGAGCUCACCUUUCAGCCAAAACCUAUGAAGCCAGCCAAACGGUUUGAGUGCUUAUUCUGUGGGAAAGUAUUCAACUAUUUGAGCAGUCUAAAAGUCCACAUCAGGCGACACUCCGGUGAGAAGCCGUUUACCUGCACAGUUUGCGGGAAGCGGUUUGCUCAGAAAACGUACCUGAAACUGCACCAGCGUGUGCACUCGGGGGAGAAGCCUUACAGCUGUCCAGACUGUGGCAAAAGUUUUUCCCAGAAAAGCUCUCUGAACAUACAUCUUCGAACACACACCGGUGAAAAGCCUUAUAGCUGUGUGGAUUGUGGGAAAUGCUAUGCAUACAAGUAUGGUUUAAAUCACCACCAGUGUUUCAACUGACUGAUCAGACCACCUGGUAAUUGACAAGAAGUAGAACUGAUCAGAACUGCUACUUCUACUAAAGUGCUCUGUGUAUUGCUCAAAGUGGCUCAAUGUGCCAAUAUGUCAUAGGAGAUUCAAACUCGAAGAAAAAUGUUGAGGUAACGCUUUAUAUUAAGGUCCUUGUAAUAACCAUUAAUUAACAAGUAAUAAGGCCCUUGUAAGUCCUUACAAGAUGCUUAUUAACAUUAUUGUGUGUUUAUAAGCUUAAAUAAGUGUUAAUAAUGGCAUUACAAACACCCAUGACCCACCCAUUAUGUCUUUGCCAUGCCUUUAUUAAUCUUAUUUUGUUUGCUUAUUGAUAUUAAAAUGUACUUUAUUGCUCAUCUAUUAUAAGUUAACUAUAAGUUAACUAUGCUUUUUGCAACUACCGGAUCUAAAGCAAGAACAAUGCCUUAUUACUUGUUAAUUAAUGGUUAUUAAGGACCUUAUUAUAAAGCGUUACCAAUGUAGAUUUGAGAUAGGAAUGCUUAUUAUAUUGUAUUACUAUAGGCUUAUUUUAAAGCCCAUAAUUAACGGUGCUUCUGUAGUUUGUUUGAUGUGAUUUUAGCUUUAUUGCUAAGAGAAAUGCUGCAGCAGCCAAACGAGGGUAAAGAAAAUAUUGCCCUUUCUCACGUUCUAUUUGAAUUGAAGGAUCCAUUUUGUUUGCUUUUGGGCUAAAUAAAUACAUUUAGGAUGCCCUUCGAGUCAAUUUCACAUCAUAGUUGAUGUGUCAAGGAUCAAAUGAGACAUAUUUGCUUCUUACAUUUAAUGUGAGAUGCUCGUAAAAAUGAUGACAAAAAAUACUUCCAGUUGAUUGCAUGAUGUCAUACAGUUGGGUUAACAGUCAUACCUCAGUGUCAUAUUUCAUGCCACAAAAGGCAUGUGUCAAAUAAUGCCAAGUGCUCUAUUAUUGGCACACAUGUAGCAUAAGCCUUCAAAACUACCUCUUCACAACAUUGUAGAAGUGACACAAAUCCUUCUGUUUGCUUCAGUGCCCAAGUCUCACCACUGAUUUCUAUUUCACAUAUGCCAUGCCUUAUUUCUUGGUAUCUCAUUGGAUAUAAAGUGGUUAGAUAUAUCUCUUUGAAAAUCACGACUUGAGAAAUGUUAAUGUGUGUUGGUUAUAUAAUAUUCAAAUGAGUUCCAGAAAUGGUUCUGGUUUAAAUGGUGUUACUGUUUGAAAUAAAUGUAUUUCUGCAUCAUAAUUGUAGAAAGACAAACUGUGUUGUCAAUGUACAGUCAGGCCAAAUCACAUAUGUGAACCAUUUUUGUUCAAGAAAUCAUUCUUAUCAUGUUCUGAGCUGUCAUCAAACCUAAACAGAGCAAUGAUUUGUACUCAGCACCUAUUUUGCCUGUAAAAUGACCCUCACUGAUCCACUGAUACCUCUUUUCCACGCAAAAUUAGUUCUGGUUCUGUUUUUCCGUUCAGGAUUCUUGCAACCUUCGUACAAGAAGCCUGUGUUUACACCAGUUUUGAUCUGAGCAAUAAUAAAGAGUUGGCAUCAACGGAGGGCAUUGCACACUGUGCAACAGUAGUAGCAGCAGGUCACAUACAUUACCUGCAAGCUUUUGCUCUGUACUGAUUUGAUUUUUUUCCAAAAAAACAAGUCUGAACCAACUAUUACUAGACUAUUACAUUACUGACGCCUACUUCAGUUCACAAGGAAAACCUGCUAUUCUUUGUUUCCAGCUGGGAACCAACUCUGUUUUUUGAGCCAAUUUAUUUUUUGGUGGAAAGGUUUCAAACGCUUUGCAAUUAGGUGCACAAACCGAAAUGUAACUGUUUCCAUGUUGCUGGAAGAGGGAUAUAAGUGAAUAAUCCCUGCCCAAGAAAGAAAUCUUGUGUGAUUUACCACCCCUU